CGGACUAAAACUUUGGAGGAUUCUGCGUUUUGAUGAUGCAACAAACUUCACAGAUUGACGAGCUUUUUUAACGAGAGCAGGUGUUUUAGCAGACUCUGCGAUCCACCGUCGGAAACGCGGUCUCUCCCGUGCGCACAUCCUCCUUAAGCCACUCCCCUGCCUCCCAUUGUUGCUGUCAUGGUCGCAUCCCGUGGUCUCAAUCACAGCCGGGAAAAACCUCUGUCUCUUCAACGAUCUCAUCAUCCGUCAUAGUAGGCAUAGCCCGCGGUGCCUUCACCGUCAGAAUUUUGAUAGUUCUCUCAUCUGCAAACCAGAAUUUAUACAAUUGUUUCUAUAUUUUUUUGCCCGGGAGGAGUUCCGACGAGGGGCCGCAUUACCGUGGGAUGGAGGAAGGGAUGAACGGGGCAAAAGCCCCGGGGCAUCCCAGCGCUGUCUCCGGUGGUCUCAUCGCAGUAUAUCAACAAAUGGAAAGGCGCAAAUGGUCUAUCUUAUUCUCGCUGUGUCUACUGCUAGCAUGCUUCGGGGAUAAAGCUGUCGCUCAGAAUACCUGCCCAGGACAAGAUGGCCUCCUGACAUCCUGGACAAGCUACGUACGCUCGGCCAACUUUGGCAGCGCCAGCUACACCAACAACCAGCGGUGCUUUUGGCACAUCAGCGUUGCGCAGGGGAACCGUGUCCAAAUCCGGCGGGAUGACUUUCAGUUGGAGGGACGGACCACUAAGUGUUGGGACUUUCUCAAGGUGUAUGAUGGUUCCGAUGCAAACGCUCCCCUGAUCGGCGAAUACUGUGGCACCGAGUUCCCGGAAGAAAUCACCUCCACUGGAAGUUCUGUUUACCUGCAUUUCGAAACGGAUAGUGUUGAGGGCUUCCGAGGUUUCCAGCUCCACUAUACAGGUGUUUGCAGUGGUAUAACCAUCGACGUUCCAACUGAUGGUACAGGGGCACUGGAGACACCCCUCCAUCCCGGCACCUACCCAGCCUCCAUUGCCUGUGAUUGGACCCUCCAGACCCAGUCAGGCUAUCGCAUCGACAUGGACUUUGAAGUCUUCGACCUCAGCUCUGUCAGCGAUUGCACAGCAUCCAAUGUUCUGGUCUAUGAUGGAACAAGUGCUCAGUCCGACAGACUUGCGGCACAGUUUUGCGGGACAGAGGUUCAGCGUGUGUCGCCCCUUCACGAUGUCAGCUCCUCCACCAAUGAGGCGUUCUUGACCUUCCAAGGUGCCGCAGAGCCUGGGCAGGGAUUCCGACUGGUCUACUCCACAGAUAUUGACGAGUGUAUGAACCACCUGUGUCAGAAUGGUGCGACCUGCGUCGACGGUAUUAAUGAAUAUUCAUGUAAUUGCGACUCAGGCUUCAAGGGGACUCUCUGCGCGGAAGUGCACUACUGUUUUAGUGCCCCUUGUCGAAACGGCGGCAAUUGCGAAGACGGCACCGGGACGUUCAUGUGCACAUGUAUGGCCGGCUAUGAAGGACUACAGUGUGAAAUAGAUACUGACGAGUGCAGCAGUUCCCCGUGCCAGAAUGGUGGAGCCUGUUCCGAUGCGGUCGAUGGAUACACUUGCCAUUGUCCGGGAUACGAAGGCGCACAGUGUCAAACAGAGAUUGACGAGUGUGCUAGCAAUCCAUGCAGCCAGUACGGCAACUGUGACAACCUUGUUGAUGCGUACGCCUGCCACUGCCUGCCAGGGUACGUGGGCGUCCACUGCGAGACCGACUUUGAUGAAUGUGCUAGUGGUCCCUGCCAGUAUGGCUCAACCUGUGUUGAUAUGGUGAAUGGGUACCAGUGUGUAUGCAUAGCAGGCUACGACGGAAUCCAAUGCGAAACUGAUAUUGACGAGUGUUCCAGUCAUCCGUGUCUCAAUGGCGGAACGUGUCAAAAUGACAUUAAUGAAUUCAGCUGCGCCUGUGUCGCAGGCUUCGAAGGCACCAACUGCGAAACAGAUAUUGACGAAUGCUUCAGCGGUCCGUGCCAGAACGAUGCGAUCUGUGUGGAUGCUGUUAAUGGCUAUUCCUGCAACUGCUCGCUGGGUUAUAGAGGAGUACACUGCGAAGAAAACAUAGAUGAGUGUGCUGGUAGUCCGUGCCAGCAUGGUGCCACAUGCAUAGAUGAAGUCAACCAGUACCAGUGUGUCUGUUUAACAGGCUAUGAUGGAGUCCGUUGUCAAAAUGACAUUAAUGAGUGUUCCAGUGAUCCAUGCAAAAAUGGUGGGAAGUGCGUAGAUAAAGUGAAUGCAUACAACUGUGACUGCAAAGCGGGCUACGUCGGUGUAAACUGCCAAACCGAUGUCGAUGAAUGUUCCAGUGAUCCCUGUCUGAACGGAGGAACCUGUGAUAAUCUCGUCAACAGAUUCCAAUGCCGCUGUGUAGAGGGCUUCAUUGGGGAUCGUUGUGAAGCAGAGGACAGAAAGGCUAUAUGUGCAGGUGGUCCAGACGGGAUUGAGGGAAGUGGCUUGGUGUGGGAUGACACCGAACCUGGGCAUACUAGCUUGAAAUCUUGCCCAGAGGGGGCUAACGGCAAUGCCUCGCGCUUGUGCGAUUUGACUGCCACGUGGAGCAACCCAGACCUAUCGCAGUGUGUCAGUCCAGCGUUUGCUGAAAUCAACGGAAAGGCGGAGCUCCUGAAGUCGGGCAACGCAAGUGCCGGGGACGUCCUUGACCUAGCUAACACUCUACAGAACAUCACCAAGAUCCCCGGGGCGGGGGCGGGGGCAGAGGGAGGGGGAGGGAAGGCCAAGCAGAUCUACCCAGGGGACAUGGAGGUGGCUACCAACAGUCUUAGCGUCAUCUCAGAGGUGGUGGGCUCUGUGAAGAAUCUCGACGUGGGAACGGCCAAAGAUCUGACCAAGGCAUGUGCAGGAACUAUCAACAAUGUGGUGGACGAAUCUCAGAUCCAUGCCUGGAAGAACACAAACAACCCUGAAAAAGUAGCAUCUAGCGUGACCACCAUGAUCACCUCAGCAGAGGCCAUGGCCAACGUGGUGAGCAGACAGCAGGCCCAGCAGCUGGGCACCAACCCAGACGACACCAGCUUGAUGAUCAAGGACAAAAACAUAGAGCUCCAGAUCUCGGUAUUUCGAAGCAAUGACACGGAUCAGCAAGACAGUUUCUUGGGUGGGGCUGCUGGUGAGAUGGGCGCAGAUGGCCUUCCACUCAGUAGUAUCGUCCUACCAGAGGACUUGCUGGAUGCAGCUGACGGCAAUGGCACUGGCUAUGUGGGUGUCAUGAAAGGAAGGUUUUCCUCUGUUGGUGAGCUGUUUAGUCUGGGUAACGACAAGGGUGAAAACCAAGACAGGAAGGACUAUGUCAACACUGAUGUGCUAUCUCUCCGGGUCCUGGGCUUACCAGAGAGUGAUUUCCAGAAUCUUGAGACACCCAUCAGGCUUGUCUUCAGACAUAAACAGGUUGUAGAUGCUGACAACACAAGCUGUGUCUUCCUCAACACAUCAGCAGAGAAUCUUGACGACCGCUGGAAUGAUGCGGGAUGUGAGGUGGAAUCCAGCAACGACACACACACCGUCUGCGUCUGCUCUCAUCUGACCAACUUUGCCAUCCUCAUGGACGUCCACGGCAGCCAGAGUAAGUUACCUGAGGCUCACAAUACUGCCCUCUCUGUCCUGUCCUACAUCGGUGGCACCCUGUCUAUCUUGGGCUGUUUCUUCUCCAUCGCUAUCUACCAGUUCUUCAGACUGAAAUCAGACCGUAUCCGGGUCCAUAUGCAUCUGGCCGCAGCUAUCGCCAUCGCACAACUCAUCUUCCUCGUCGGCAUCGAACGGAAUGAAAUUGCGUGGGUGUGUAAAGUCAUUGCCGUGGUGCUUCACUACUCCUUGACUGCCAUGUUCUGUUGGAUGCUAGUGGAAGGCAUUCAGCUGUACUUAGCUCUGGUUCACGUCUUUGGAUCCUCAAGCCAUAUCAAGAAGUACCUCCUCAUUGGCUGGGGUGCUCCAGUGAUCAUUGUUGGUAUAUCCUUCGGUGUUUUCUUCAAGGACUAUGGAUCCGGAACUGUGUGUUGGCUGACCCAGCAGAUGCUUCUCAUCAUCUUUGUGCCAACUGUGGGCAUCCUGAUCAUUCUGAACACUGCUGUUCUGAUCAUCGUACUGAAGGUGAUGAUGACAUCAAUGACUGCCAGGGAGAAGAGCAAAGACAACGAUACUUCACAAAUCAAGACUGGUCUGAAGGCUGCCCUCGUUCUUCUCCCUCUGCUUGGACUGACCUGGGUCUUUGGUUUCCUGUCCGUCAAUGAGUACACACUGGUCUUCACUUAUCUCUUUGCCAUCUGCAACUCACUGCAGGGUUUGUUCUUCUUCAUUGCCCACUGCGUGAUGAACAUUGAGGUGAAGAGGGCCUACGAGCGUCGCUAUGGUCGCAAGAAGGGACUGCACUCCAUGACAACCAGCUCCACAGCUCCCAUGUCUAGUCGCACCCAGUCAUCCAUGCACAAAUCCAGCGACGUCUCCACUACCGAACUGAUCAAACGCAACUCUACUGUCAACACGGUCUCUGGAGGCUAUGACAACCCCAGCAUGAAGGACACAACCCUGAGCAAAGACCCAGCCAAACCCAAGGACAACUCCAUGAACAACACCGCCGAACUGACCACAGACACCAAGAAAGCGGCCAGUGAUCCUGUGAAGGUGAAUGACAUUCAGUGCCUCGUCAAAAAUAGCGAGAAGGUGAAUGACGAGGAAAAAGGGCUGGUAGAGGGCGCCAAGGUUGCCAUGGAAACCAUCGUGUCCAAGGACAGCAAUCUGAAGAUGGACGGUACCAACAUAGCUUAAGGGCCAAAUGCAAAGCUCUCAACAGAAUAAAACAACUGAUGUUAACUUUCCGGGAGUCAUAGUGGAGGGGUAGGAUAGUUUUAAAAGAGGUGUCAGCUGAAGGAAUAAAAACUGAAUUACUUACUUUGAUUUUCUUUUGAUUUUAACUUUGACAGGAAAAAAGUUGUCUUUGUAGGACUCACUUAAAUAAGUAAAUUUAAUAUGUAAAUAUAUGUUCAUAUAGUAAGCCUACAUUGUGAAUCAGUUGGAAAUAAGUUACAUUAGUCAUGAUGAAAAUAGUGAUUGCAUGAAUUACUUAUGUUUAAAAAAAUAACCAUGUAUGUGAAAUCAUACGUAUUUAGAAGAAUGUGUAAAGUAAAAGUAUAUUAAAUAUAAAUAUCAUGGUAAUAUAUGUAUUAUAUUUAUUGGAUAUUUAUUAUAAUAUUGAAAGCGGAUAUAUAAAAUCACUCUCUCAAAAAGAGGAGUACAAUGUGUAAUGUAAGCAAUACGGAUAACCUAAUGGUAGCUGUAAAUAUAGUGUUAUAUAAUAAACAUAAAGCACUGAGAAUAGACUUAGAACAAAACGGGUGUCGUAAUUUGUCCUCGGAGUGCUUUGGCAGUGAACUGCAAUGUGCCUUGAUCUAAUUUAGCCUAGUAAUUGUUUUCAAAGUGCCUAUUUUUUCUAGUUUUAAUUUUGCAAACGCAGAUAGUUUUUUCUUUAACACAUUACCUUAAAAUUUUAAUCCGUGCCAUUAGUUAUUAAGCAAUAACCAAAAUUCCAUUUCUCGACCCUUAUAAAUUCCGUCCAUAACAGGGGUAGCUAUAUCCUCUUAAAAAAUACUACUUGCAUUAUAUUAGUCUAUUAAUAAGAUUCAAAAGAUAUUAGUCUGUUUCAUAUAUUAGGCUAGUCUAUUUCAUGUGACUCUAGCUAUUUUCCCAAAAAAUAUUUAGCUGUAUAUUAAUUAAAAGAAUCGAUAAUUAAUGUUGGGUUGUAGAAUUUCUCGUAGUUGAGUUGUAUUUUAAUUGAUGUGCCUAAUUGUGCCUCUAUCUCAAUAGUUUCCUUGUUGAGAUUGUACUGUGAGUGUUUUUAAGGCUAGAAUAUGUUGUCUGGCAAUGAUUAAAUUAAUCUGAUUCCCUUAAAUGUUGGUUACAUGUAGUUAAAAAUUACUUAAAAUCAUUCCAAAUAUUGCUUAGUUUUGUGUGAAGUUUCAGCGUAAUUUUUUUGGCUGCUGUUUUGGGCCCUGCAAAGAUGUGAUUAAAGGCUAUCAUUAAACCUGAAAAUAAGUCUGGAUGGAUUCCAUUU